AUGUAUUUUAUUGAAUAUUUUUUGAAAGGCGAUAGCGAAAUUGAUCAGCUAUUCAAGAUCUUUGGCAUCCUCGGGACUCCAGAUGAACACUUAUGGCCUGGAGUACAUCAAUUACCUAAUUUCAAAAUUAUCUUCCCUACUUGGAGACGCUAUCCUUUAGAUCAAAUCUUUCCUUGGAUGUGUUAUGAUGCAAUUAAUUUAUUAGAGGUAAUUUAG